UCAAAAAAUUCAAAUGUUGAGGAAAUCCUCAUCGUUAAUUUAUAUUAUUUGUUCCCUUUUACUAUUUCAACUAUGUGAGCCUAGAAGUAUUCCUCCAAACGAUUAUAGUGGCGGCAACAAUGAUUAUGCUCAAGUUAAUGGUCAAAGAAAAGGACCUAUGCCUUUUGGAAAUGAUUAUAACCCGAAUGAAGGGAGGGUUGGACAGCAAAAUUUAUCACAAAAUCAACAGCAACAAAAAAUGAAAGGAGAAUCGGAAGGUUCAGGAUCUGAUGAAGAGUCAUUUGAAGGUGAUCAAAAUUUUUCUCAAGGUCAGAGGAUGCCUGAGGGACAAAAAGUUGGAAACUUUAAAAAUGAAAUUGGGGAGAAAAAUUCUGAAAACAAUGAAAAAUAUGGUAGAAAUCAGGGAAAUGACUUUGAACAGCCUGGUUCUUUUGGAAGGCAAGGAAUGAAUGAAACAUUCAAUAGACCGCCAGGACCAAUGAGAAAUGGUUUUGGAGGUAAUCCUCAAAAUAAUGGACUAAAUGAGGAUAAUGGUUAUCCUAGAGGAUUUGAGGGGAAUGGAAAUAAAACAAAUUUUGAUAGGCAAGGAAAUGGACAAUUUGAAGGAAAUCCGGGUCAAGAAAUGAACCCUUUUGGAAGAGGACAAAAUCCUCCUUACGGGGUGCCUAGGAAGCAAAAUAUGCAAGGGAACUCUCAAUUUCAAGAAUUCCCAGGAAAUAAAAAUGUGAAUUUUGAUGGAAACCCUGAAAGUAAAAAUGGGGAAAAUGAGGUUGUAAUGCCUAACGGGUUUGUUUUUAUUUUAAUAUUUUUUAAUUCAUAA